AUGGAAAGUGAACAGAUCAAUUUCCUAUUCAAUUGUGCUUCCAAUCUACGCCUUCGCAACAGUCUAUCAUCAUCGCACGAGUUCAGUUUGUCCGAUCUUUGUCCAAAAAAAUUGGCUGCUUGGGGUGCCGAACAUCCUGCUGAUCUGAAUUAUCGCGUUGAAUUGGCACGUCGUAUUGCAUCGACAUAUGACGAUGCUGACCAAAUUAUUAUUUUUGACGAUAUAGCAACUACUGUACCAGAUUGUGAGUAUAAUGAUGCUCUCUUUAUUUGUGGUUUUAAUCGAGCUCUUCUACCUGCUCUCUGGUUAUCGACUGGAUUUCGUUGUGGUGGUCGAAUACUCGUCUACUCACCGCCGAAUUCAAUCGAAAUAGAAAAUUAUUUAAAGUUAAAAAAACUGAUCGAAGAAAAUCUUCACCGUUCCAUUAAUAUUCAAAUUCUUUAUGAAGAUUUAACUGGUCGUUUACUUAAUCUUGUUGAGUUAUUUGAAAAAAGUUCAGAAAACUAUGCAAAUCUAUGUGAAGAAUUUGCUCAACAAUUCUCAAAAGCAUUCUAUCCGAAAUAUCAUGUCGAUAUGCUUCAACGACAUAUUGAAACUAUAACACAAGGCACCAAACAAUCUUUUGUGUUUCCUUUUGAAAUGACCAAAAUUCAUCUUGAGGCGCUGCUACCUUAUUCCGAUCGAUUAAAAUUACCUGAUAUGCCAACAAAUGACAAAGCAAAACAUAAUUUAUUCUUAAGAGCAAAAGGAUUUAAUUGCUUACCAAAAUUAUUAGCUGUUUCGCCAAAUGGAUCAUUGAUUGAUAAUUAUGAGCAAUAUAUCGAUGCACUGAAGCAAUGUAAAUUAGAACAUACAGAAAAUACAUUAUACAAUAUCGAGAUCUUUGCUCGAACUAUCAUUGAAGCUGUUGAUCAAAUUUAUCAGAAAUAUAAUACAAAAUCAUUUGUUAAAUUAGAUGCAACGGGUGUAGGUGGUUUAUCAGGCAUGAGUCCAAGUUUACAUCCAAUAAUCUAUGACUAUAAAGAAGAUAAAAAAAAACGUGUUGAUUAUUUAUGCAAAUAUAUUGAAAUAAAAUUGAAAGGUACGAAAUUACCCACAACAGCAGUUGUUGAAGAAUUUAUCGAACCACAAAAACGUGUUGAUGAUGUUGAUGCUACUUAUGGUGUUUGUGGAUUUGUUCUUGGAGGCAUCUUUUUUCCGACAUCAAUUAAUCUAGCUGAAACACCUGAUGCAUCGUACAUAGGAAUGUGGAUUUCAUCAUCGCCAGCUGAUAUACCGGAUUCACCAACAGAAUGGCAACAAAUGUUUCAAGAAUAUUCUUGUAUGGUAGCUUUGGAAGCAUCUGAAUUUCAUUACCACAACGGAAUCUACGCUGGAAAUUUAUUUUUAACAAAGGAUGGUUGUCAUAAGAUACAUGAUUGGAAUAUUCGUCGUGGUGGACGCUCAACACCCGAAUCCUUAAUAAUAUUUGAUAUGCCAAUUUACGAAACAAAAUUUACAUUAUUCUUGAAUGAGUUUGGAUAUCAUGAACAGAUAAGUAGACUUAAUUUAUUUCGUAUUUAUAAUAAAAUAUGCGAAAGUUUAAUGCACAAUUAUGGAAUAUAUGUAUUUUCAACUGAAUAUAGUUAUUUUGGUAAAGGUUAUGUAAAAGAUGAUUUUUUCAAAUUUAAUUUAAUGAUUCAUCCAAAAUGGCUUGUAAAUAUUGACAAUAAUGGAGAAAAACAAAACUUACCUAAAAGUAAACAUCGCAAUAAAGUAGAAGAAUUUAUUCGAGAAACAACUAAGAAAUGUCUUCAAGAUAUGGAUGAACUUAAUAUAUGA